AAUACUCGACUAAAAAGCGAAUUAACGUAUACCAGGAGAAACUAACAGUGCGUAAUCAGCUAAUAAUCGUCAUCAGAAAGUGUUCAAUUGUUAGAGAAAUGGAUGGAAAGAAACCCCGUGUGUGUAUUAUCGGAGCCGGACCGGCCGGUAUGGCGGCUCUGUAUCAGAUGAAGCUUAACGUCGCAGACCAAAUCAAUGUGGAAUGCUAUGAGAAACAAGAGACCUCGGGAGGCUUGUGGAAUUACACUUGGAGAACAGUAUGUACAAAUCUGUGGCUGGCCGGACCGAAAGAGGGAAAUGAAUAUAUGGACUAUUCCUACAAAGAUCACUUCGGAAAACUGCUGCCUUCCUACGUACCACGUGAAAUAGCUCAAUAUGUCAAUGGUCGAUUUACCAAAGGCAAAUGCGGCGACAUGAAGUCCCUCGUUCAUUUUCGGCAUGUCGUCACAAGUGUCGAAUACGACAAUGAUGCAGACCACUUAACGGUAUGGAUUCGAGAUCUUCCCGGUAACAAAGACAAUAAGGAAAUAUUUUCCCACGUGGUGGUGGCUUCAGGGGCAUUUUAUGUUCCAAACAGUCCAAGUUUUGAAGGCAUUUGCUCGUUCCCCGGUCGUAUCAUUCACUCUCAUGAUUUCAGAGAAGCUAGGGAAUUCGCAGAACAAACCGUUCUCAUCGUUGGUUCUUCUUUUUCGGCGUCGGAAAUCGCCGUUCAGUUAAUAAGAUUCGGAGCAAAACACGUGAUCGUUACAUACAGGCAACAUCCGGUAAAUUUCAAGGGAACCAGAAGUAUCGAGGAGCGGCCAUUGUUACAAAGGAUCGACAACAACACCAUCCAUUUUAAAGACGGUACCAGCGCCGAUGUGGACGCGAUAAUUCUGUGUACGGGCUACCUUUACCAUUAUCCGUAUCUUAAAGGAGGCCUGAAGUUCGAUACAGGUGUUCCCGUUUGUGUGAUGCCAAAUAAGAUGUACAAAGGAACCGUGUACACACAAGGCGGCAACAAUAAACUGUUG